GAGCCAUAAAUUCCUCAUUUCCUCAUUGAUUUUAAAUUUAUACGGUAAUCAUAGGGAUUCCCGACACAGCUCGGUCACUCAUUUUAUAAGGCACUGACAUCCAAACACCACGUACCAUCGUGUCGUUCGUCGCUCGCCAUCUUUCAGAGUGGCGAGAAGACAUCCGAGGAGAUCAUAUACGGGCCAUGGAUAUGAAGCACAAGCUCUCCUUCUUCUUAGCGGCGACAGCCGUCGUCGUCUCCGUCCUCUUCGCCGUCGCCCCGAUAGCCCCCGAAGUCGGGGCGGUCGAUGGCCUUGAGCUGGUUCCGAUGGACGGCGGCGCGAUCGGGCCGGAGAGCUUCGCGUUUGAUCCGCGAGGGGAGGGCCCGUACACCGGCGUGUCGGACGGGCGGAUCGUGAAGUGGGCAGCGGGGGAGCGCCGCUGGGUCGAUUUCGCUUUCGCUUCUCCGAGCAGAGACGUGUGCGAGAAGGGCCACGAGCAUCAAGAGAUGGAACACGUUUGUGGACGUCCGUUGGGGCUAGGGUUCAACCCGAGAACGAGCCGUCUCUACAUUGCCGAUGCUUACAUGGGCUUGCUUGUCGUCAGCCCUGGCGGCGGGUUGGCCACGGCGGUCGCUACGCAGGCAGAUGGUGUUUCUUUUCGGUUCACCAACAGCUUGGACAUUGAUCCACUCAGUGGAGCUGUGUACUUAACCGAUAGCAGCUCGCAGUACCAACGAAGGAACUAUAUUCCUCUAAUAUUGAGCGGGGAUCGAACGGGAAGGCUAAUGAAGUACGACCCGGAAAGCAAUCACGUGACGACAAUCCUGAACAAUCUCUCGUUCCCCAACGGAGUGGCCCUAGCUGAAAACGGCGACUUCGUCCUAGUCGCCGAGACAAGCACCUGCAGAAUCCUCAGGUACUGGCUCAAACCGUCCCAGAAAGCAGGGAAGGUCGAGAUUUUCGCCCAGCUCCCCGGUUUUCCUGAUAACAUCAGGAGGAGCCCCAGAGGGGGCUACUGGGUGGGGAUCUUUUCGAAAAGGAACAAGAUCUUCGGGCUGGUUUUAUCGUCUUCCUGGAUGGGGAAGUUCUUGCUCGGGCUACCGAUCGACGUGAUGAAGAUCCACGGGCUGUACACGAGCUGGAGAGGGAGAGGCAUGGGAGUGAGGUUGAGCGAGGAGGGUGAGGUGGUGGAGAUCUUGGAGGAGAGAGUGGGGAAUCAGUGGAGGUCGAUCAGUGAAGUUGAGGAACGAGAUGGAGGGUUUUGGAUCGGGUCUGUGAAUCUGCCGUUUGCAGGCUUUUAUAAGGCCAAAAAUUGAUAAACGGGAAGGGGUGAAAGAUAAAAAAAGUUUCUGGAAUGUAAUAAGGAUUUUGUUUUUUUGUUUUUUUGUUUGAAUGAGCACGGGAUUUGAUAGGUGGCACGAUUAAUUCCAACAUUUUAUAA